AUGGCAAACAUCCCCAUCACUAUCCCGGAAUUUAUGAAGCACACCCCUCGCUCCACACAAGCCGUUGAAAAGUUUUUUAAAAACAUGAAGCCCAUUGUUGCAAAAACAUAUGAAGAGUAUACCAUUGGUAAGCCGAGUGUACCUCUUAAUCUUCCAUUUAGUGUGAAAAUCCACCUUCCUAAAGAGCUUCAAAAGGGUGUUAAAUCAAUCGAAUUGGAAGUUGAAAAAUCCAUGACGGUCGACGAUCUUUUGAAGAAGUUUUUUGAUCGAUUUGGUGUUGGGAUCAUUCAAUUUAGAAACGUUCUUUUAGACGACUGUUUGGCAGGACUAGUCUUAUUGUGUUGUCUCAACGACGGUGACGAUCUCACCGAGCAAAUUUUCCAAUUCAUUCUAAUCCACAACAUCGAAGCAGACUUUUUCUCGUCGUAUGUAUCGAUGCAUGGCGUCAAAUCAAAACUGUUGAAUGGACUUCUCGAGAUGUGGAUGUUUGAGAAGGAGAAAACGUUUCUUGACACAUUCUUUGCACCCGUUAAAAUGCGAGUUCACAACGGGUUGUUUGAAAUCGACCCCCG